GACUCCUUACAACAUACUCCUUGAAUUAGUACCAUGCUCUUAUGGUACGAUUGCCUGAUUACCUACCGCCCCUUAUCUUCCAACAUGCACCGCUUCUUCCAAAUCGCUACCUUUCUCCUCACAUUACUCCUCGUAGCCACACAUGACAGGAACAUCCCUAAUAGCGUCAAUAAAGACAUGUCAAAGCUCAGCUCUGAUCUGACAACUACCAGUACCAUCACCGAUUCCAUCGAGCGUAGAGAUUAGACUUUCACAAUAUGGGGAACUGGCCGUAGCGAGUAUUCUAGCAACACGAGCAUCGAACCUCGAGCUUUGUAUGUGUCUGAGACUCCCUCUUUUGCAGAUGGGUUCCCUACUACCACAAUCACGGACGCAAUGACUACCCCAUUGGUAGCUCGUGACGACACUGUGACACAGGGCAGUGAUAUCUUGUACAUCCCCAAUCCAUGUACCUUUGGCUUGGUUGUUGCAGCUACCAUGUCUCUUAUUAGUCCUGGCUCAUCAUCAACCAUCGAUCCAGAUUCAAAGCCCGGGAAAGUUGACCCAAAGUACUAUGGGGAUUCUACCAUCUUUUGGGUAUCUGGGAUUAUGCUAAGCAGAGCCAACCCGGGGUAUAUGCACACGAUCGUUAUGUUUUAUGAUUUUGGUUAUGUUUAUGUUUAUGAUUAUGGGUUUAUCAAGCUUGGACCUGGUAAUUGUUUAGCCUGGAUACCACGGAUUUUGAUCAGUGGUUCAAAUGUCUCUCCUUUCCCUUCUCUCAAAGAUCUGUCUCUGCGUUUUGAGUAUUGGUACUGCGUGAUUCUUAAGUUUUGAGGCCUGUACUUCUUGUUCUGUUAUCAACGUUUUGCUUUUGAAAUAUUGCAUCUCCCUCAUUGGAUAUUCAUUAUCUCCAAACUUCUUCCAUAGUUCUUAACAAUCACAAUACAGCGAGAUUGACUAUGACCUUGCCA